AUGGAUCGUAUCGUCGCAGCAAAGGAACUCCCUUUCCGGGUCCGGUUCACUGGACACAGUGGUCAUCUCAGAGUGGAGCCUCUCCCUCCGGUCGAACGCCCCAGCCCUCUCAACUCACUCCCCGACUUCAUACUGCCACCUGCAUUUCCUAGUGAAACACCCGAAUCAAUAAAAGAUUUUGUAAAGGAAAAAUACCUCCUGCCAAGAUUGGACCCUGAUGAGUUUUCCCCAGAAAAAGCUGGUAGGCAGUGGGAAUUCGACUGGUUUGACAGAGCAGAAUUUCGCCUAGAGCCAUCAUUGCCCCGCUCAGUUGUCGUUCCUGCAUGGGAAUUACCUUUCAGACGUCCAAAGAGGGAGCUUGAAAAAUGGGAACCUAGCUCGGUGCAGGUGGAUGUAUCAGAACUUACUGCAGGAGCCGAGGAUUUUGGUGCUUUGCCACUUAUUUCCGGACCUGCAACGGAUUUUGUAAAAGGAAGCAUCAACAACCAUCCUUUUCGUCCAGGUGGUUUGGAUGAUUCUGAGUCUUUAGGGAGGAUGCUUCCAGAUGGUGCUUCUAAUGGUGAAUGGGUAUGGGAAGUGCUUAAUGGUGGUCCAGCCCAGGCCAUUCCUCCAAGCUUUAAAGAAGGUCUGGAUCUUGGUGAUCUUGAGAAGGCACAUCCUUUCUCUUGGAAUGUUUAUGAAGAUCAAAGUGCAACUGAGAACACAUCAGAAGCAAAGUUGAAUGAGUUUUCUGUGCAGUUUGAUGACUUAUUUAAGAAAGCUUGGGAAGAGGAUGUCACUGAAUUUCCAGGAGACGGUCAUAUUCUUGGGUCAGAAGUUGAAGUGAAUGACAUGGAGUCUCUUCAAUUGGAAGCAGAAGUGAAUAUGUUGGAUGUGGUCAGUGGUGUUGUUGACACCGAAUCUUCUGUAUUGGAUGAGAUUUUGUCAGUUGAAUCAGGAGGGUCAACUGCAAGAUUGGAUGGAGGUAGUGGACAGCAGCAGAAAGAGGCCUGGGCUAUUACUGGAGGUAGUGAAGGGAUUGCUGAGCGCUUUCAUGAACUUGUUCCUGAAAUGGCACUUGAUUUUCCUUUUGAACUUGAUUCAUUCCAAAAGGAGGCUAUCUAUUAUCUGGAAAAGGGGGACUCUGUUUUUGUGGCGGCUCAUACAUCAGCUGGAAAGACAGUUGUUGCUGAGUAUGCAUUUGCUCUGGCCUCAAAACACUGUACGAGAGCUGUGUAUACUGCUCCUAUUAAAACCAUCAGCAACCAAAAGUACAGGGACUUCUGUGGGAAAUUUGAUGUCGGGCUUCUCACUGGGGAUGUUAGCUUGAGGCCAGAGGCAUCUUGCCUCAUCAUGACCACUGAGAUACUAAGAUCAAUGCUCUAUAGGGGUGCUGAUAUCAUCCGUGACAUUGAAUGGGUUAUAUUUGAUGAAGUGCAUUAUGUGAAUGAUGUGGAAAGAGGUGUUGUUUGGGAAGAAGUUAUUAUCAUGCUUCCGAGACAUAUCAAUUUUGUCCUCCUCUCAGCCACGGUACCAAACACAAUGGAAUUUGCUGAUUGGAUUGGUCGGACAAAGCAAAGGCAAAUUCGCGUAACUGGGACGACCAAAAGACCAGUCCCCUUGGAGCACUGCCUUUUUUUUUCUGGAGAACUUUACAAAAUCUGUGAAAGCGAAAAGAUGGUGCCUCAGGGACUGAAAGCUGCCAGAGAUGCGCACAAGAAGAAAACCAUGAAUAUGGUUGGUGUACCUGGAACAUAUCCUGCAUCUUCAUCUCACCGUGAGGUGGCUCAAGCUCAAAAGCGUGAAAAUUCUGGUCGGGGCAAACAGAACAAGCAUACUGGGGCACAAAACUUAGGGAACUUUUCUGGUGCUGGUUGGGGGAACCAAAAGUAUGGUAUUGGCCAGAACAACGGGGGGCCAAGGAGAUCAGAAGCUUCUUUGUGGUUGUUGCUGAUUAAUAAGCUUUCAAACAAGUCACUGUUGCCUGUGGUUAUAUUUUGUUUCUCAAAGAAUCGCUGUGACAAAUCAGCUGAUAAUCUUACUGGGACUGACCUGACAAGUAGCUCUGAAAAAAGUGAAAUCCGGGUCUUCUGUGACAAAGCAUUUUCACGGCUCAAGGGUUCUGACCGGAACCUACCACAGGUUGUCAGAGUUCAAGGCCUUCUACGUAGAGGGAUAGGUGUGCAUCAUGCCGGACUGCUUCCAAUUGUCAAGGAAGUUGUUGAAAUGCUUUUCUGCCGUGGUGUGAUUAAGGUUCUAUUUUCAACAGAGACAUUUGCAAUGGGAGUUAAUGCCCCUGCUAGGACGGUCGUUUUUGAUACUUUGAGGAAGUUUGAUGGCAAGGAAUUCAGACAGCUGCUUCCUGGUGAAUACACCCAGAUGUCCGGUCGUGCAGGUAGGAGAGGACUUGAUAAAAUUGGUACAGUUGUUGUGAUGUGUCGUGAUGAAAUCCCGGAAGAAAAGGAUUUGAAGCAUGUCAUUGUUGGUAGUGCAACUAGGCUUGAAUCUCAAUUUCGGUUAACCUAUAUCAUGAUCCUGCAUCUCCUCCGUGUGGAAGAAUUGAAGGUGGAGGACAUGCUGAAAAGAAGUUUUGCUGAAUUUCAUUCUCAAAAGAAACUUCCAGAGCAACAACAACUUCUAAUGCGAAAACUUGCUCAACCAACAAAAACUAUUGAAUGUAUAAAGGGUGAACCAACAAUAGAGGAAUACUAUGAAGUGUACUCGGAGGCUGAGACGUAUGGCACGCAGAUAUCGGAAGCCAUCAUGCAAUCUCCUGUUUCCUUACAAUAUCUCAUGCCUGGAAGAGUGGCCCAAGACCACUUACUUGGAGUUGUUGUGAAAGCACCUUCUGCUAGUAUUAAACAAUACAUAGUUCUAGUGCUUACACCGGAGUUACCACCAACAUUGCAAACUCCCCUGGAUACUGGUAAUUUACAAGAUAAAAAAGGUCCAGAUUUGCAGAUUCUGGUACCUAAGUCAAAACGUGGUUUGGAGGAAGAUUAUUUUUCUUCUGCCACUUCUCGGAAAGGAUCGGGCAUCAUCAACAUAAAACUACCUCACCGAGGUAAUGCUGCUGGGGUGAAUUAUGAGGUUAGAGGGGUUGAUAAUAAAGAGUUCUUAUCUAUAUGCAAUUGCAAAAUAAAGAUUGACCAAGUUCGUCUUCUGGAAGAUGUUAGCAAUGCGGCUUAUUCUAAUACUGCACAACAGCUCUUGGGUCUGAAAUCUGAUGGAAAUAAAUACCCUCCUGCCCUAGAUCCAGUGAAAGGUACAUCUCUGAACUACUUUAUUUGCAGUUUUGGUUUUCUGUUUUUCAUUUGUUCGGAUUUGGUCCCAUUCUGA